AUGCCUACCCAUUCAGCUCAUCCACCAAUUUCCGUGCCAGAUGUAGAUCUGUGGAGCUUUCUUUUUGAACGAAGAGAUCUUGAAUACCCCGAAGACCACGCAAUAUUCGUGGACCUAUCCAAUGACAAGAGAUACACAUUCCGAAGUCUCCGCCAGACCUCAAUAGAAGUCGGCCGCGGCCUCCGCACAAAAUGGCAAUGGCAAAAAGGCGACGUAAUGGCCAUCUUCUCCCCCAACAGUGCAGACAUCGCCGCCAUAGUCGGCGCCACUCUUUGGGGAGGCGGCGUCGUCUGUCCCAUUAAUAAUCUCUACACCGUCGACGAGCUCGCCUCGUUGCUCAAGAGUUCUGGCGCCAGGGCUCUCACCACCCACGCGAGCUGUCUCGAUGUAGCCCGUCAGGCGGCGCUCAUUGUAGGGCUGCCACUCGAUCGGAUCAUUCUUGUUGGGGAUCCGGAUGUGAAGGGGAAGGCAAAACAUUUCGAGGAAUUGAAGGAGGCGAGGGAGGUCGUGGGCAAGCCAAGAAUGGAACCCAGUGAAGAUUUGGCGUUUCUCGUGUAUUCCUCUGGGACUACGGGACUCCCAAAGGGGGUGAUGCUCAGCCAUGGAAAUAUCGUGGCGAAUAUUCUACAGCAUUACUCUGCGGAGAGAGAUGCGAUGAACUGGAGGGAUGACUCUAUGCUUUCAUUCUUGCCCAUGUUUCAUAUCUAUGGCAUCGCAGCUCUGAUAUUCCAACCCAUUUAUAAAGGGGUCACGAUGCAUAUAAUGCAGCGCUUUGACUUGGAAAGAUUCUUAUCCGCGAUCCAACUCUACAAGGUCACAAUCGCAUAUGUCGUCCCUCCAAUUGUGCUUCUCCUCGCCAAACAUCCCCUCCUCGACAAAUUUGACUUGAGGUCGCUGCGAAUCAUGCAUUCCGCGGCAGCACCACUCACCCAAGACUUGAUCGAUAUGAUAUAUGCUUGUCUAAAGGUACCCAUUAAGCAAAGUUACGGCAUGUCAGAAACCGCACCCGCAAUAUCAUCACAGCAAACUGCAGAUUGGAACAACCCCGUCGGCUCAGUCGGCAAGCUCAUCCCGUCGAUGUCCCUCAAGAUCGUCUCCAACGGAAGCGAAGUGCCUGCCGGGCAAGAAGGCGAGAUCUGUCUGCGAGGCCCAAACAUCUUCAAAGGCUACUACCAGAACCGCUCCGCAACGGCGGAAACAUUCAGCGAUGGCUGGUUCCGCACUGGGGACAUUGGGUAUAUCGACGCCUCGGGGAACCUAUUCCUCACCGACCGAUUCAAAGAGCUCAUCAAAUACAACGGGUUCCAAGUUGCGCCAACUCAGUUAGAGGGGCUGUUGCUAGGCCAUCCGGCAAUCGACGAUGUCGCUGUUAUCGGCGUGUAUAGCAGAGAGAGAGCGACGGAGUUGCCGCGGGCGUAUGUAGUCCUGAGUAAGGGGUAUGAGGCGGGGGAGAAAGUAGAAGGAGAGAUUAUGCGGUGGGUAGAGGGCCGGGUGGCGCCCCAUAAGCGGCUAAGGGGGGGCGUGAGGUUCGUGGAGGCUAUUCCGAAGAGUACUGCUGGGAAAAUUCUGCGACGGAUCUUGGUGGAGCAGGCGAAGUUGGAAGAGGAAGGAAAGGUGUCGUCGAAGCUGUGAUUAAGAGCCCUUGAGAUCCAUAUUUAUAAUAAAAUAUUUAUAUAGUAGUUCAUUACUGUAACACCCUCCGCAGAACUCUCUACCUGCUCGCGAGGAGCAGGGCAGAGCCAAUUUUCG